CCGUCUGCGCCUGCGCAGGCAGGUGGGGCAAGAUGGCUACCGAGCUAGGCAUGCGGGUUGUCGGAACCCCACCCGGACUCUCGCUGGGAAGAGGGCUGCGGGCCUUCCUGCUGCUGUUGUGGUUUGCAGCCCGUGGAGACGCGCUCUAUUUCCAUAUUGGGGAGACAGAGAAGAAGUGCUUUAUUGAGGAAAUUCCGGACGAGACCAUGGUCAUCGGAAAUUAUCGGACGCAGCUGUAUGACAAACAGCGGGAGGAGUACCAGCCUGCCACCCCUGGGCUUGGCAUGUUCGUGGAGGUAAAAGACCCGGAGGACAAGGUCAUCCUGGCCCGGCAGUAUGGCUCUGAGGGCAGGUUCACCUUCACCUCCCAUACCCCGGGUGAGCACCAGAUCUGUCUUCAUUCAAAUUCUACCAAGUUCUCUCUCUUUGCUGGAGGCAUGCUGGUAAGUACAUCUGUGUGUUACCUGCCUGUUGAUGCUGAAGGUAGUCCAUGCAGAGUGGGUGGUCCUGGGACAUCCUUGCAAGCUGGGAACCCAGUGGCUCUAGCAGUCCUGAACCUAAAACUUGCUAUCAUUCCCCGACAGUGGCGGGAGGAGCGCUUCCGACAAACCAGUGAGAGCACCAACCAGCGAGUGCUGUGGUGGUCCAUCCUGCAAACGCUCAUCCUUGUGGCCAUUGGCGUCUGGCAGAUGCGGCACCUCAAGAGUUUUUUUGAAGCCAAGAAGUUGGUGUAGCUGUCCCAAGCCUCGCAGGCAAUCUUUCUUCCAGGCUCUUGGGAAGGACCUCCUGGAACUGGCUCCUCUGUGGGAGGAGGACUGGUUUUCAGCCGUAGAUGUUCUGGAGGGAGAGGGACUGCAAGCAUGCCCUCGCUGCUCAGGCUCCAGCCGAGGACAGUACUUGGCUGGCUAAUGCUGAGUGGGGGUGGAGGGUGGGACAAGCCCUCCCCACCUCCACCUCUGGACCUUUCGCAGUAAUCACUCAGGAGCUGGUGAUGCCCUUGGUGUCUUAGAUUCUCAGUGUUACUGAUCAGGGAUGUGGGGCUGCUUUCUGGGGUAGGAUUGGGAGGGAAGUGGGUGGGUCAGCCAGCAGUUUUCCUUCUGUCUUCCUUUGGUACAUGGGAUUUUGAGCAGGUCAUGGUGUAUCAGUGCUUGUUAUUCCAGGAACUUCGCUUUCCUUGCCUUUGACGUAGACCAGCCUGCUGAUCUAGGGUGUAUGUGUGUUGGUUUAAGGGUGGGGUAGAGGGAUUGCAAUGCAGGAAAGGGGCCCAGAGGUUGACUUGGGUGUCUUAUAAUUGUCCUUUCUGGGGUUUGAGCAGCUGGCAGCACGCCAAGCAGAGACUUUGGUGCUGGUUGGAGACGGAGCCUGCACUAAGUUACUGAGUUUAUUUUCAAUGAGUUCGGGUUUGUUACAUUUGUUUUCCCAAUUAAAAAAAAAAAAGAGAAAAAA